UUCAUUGUGACAAAUUCUCAGGAUGCUAGUGCUCUUAGAAAAUGCGCAAUGGAGGCAAGAUAUAAUUACUUUCCGAUUGUUAUACAUAGGUUUUCAAGACCAAGGUUGAUUAUUCCAGAUCACUCACUCCCCCAGACGAACUACACAACUGCUCAAUCACUUUUACAUUCUGAUAAUCCUACUAUUUUCAAUGUUUUGGUAGAUGUGGGUAGAGCUGAGAGACAAGUUCUUGUCGAAGAUUACAACAGGGGAAGGGCUGUUGCAUUUGAUUGAAGAAUAAUGAACGUGUUGAAGAAAGGCUUCUGUAAUUUGUCCUGAGAGUGAAAUUGAUGCUUAGAAGACAUAGAUGGAAGUACAACCGACAAACUAGAUGCCAAAUUGAAGAGAUUGAAUCAGAGACAUGUA